AAGACUUCAGGAAAGCAAUUCAUCCCUCCGAGUCAACCUCCUGGAAGAUCUUCACGAUGAGACAGUCCCUCAUGUCGGUCAUCUUCGCCUCAGCACUCUUUUUCGAGUGCUACACGCUGCUGGUGGCGUUACCCAUGGGGAAUGCAGAAGAUGGACUCUUGGAGAAUGAAGCUAUUACCUCACUUCUGAGUGAUCAGGUGACAGAAAGCAGCCUUGGCGACGCAGAUCUGGCCACCAUGACCAAAACCAGAGUGCCGAGGCUAAUCGUCAUCGCUGCCGAUCCGAGUCUUUGGAGGGACCUGCGAGUGCUGCACAACGGCCUAUCCGUCUACAAGCGCACAGCCGACGACAGCAACCAGUUCACCGAACACAGAGACGUCGGACAGCAGCUGAGCAUCCCCAUCCUGAGGAGGGACACCAUGAGAUGCAUGGUGGGAAGGGUGUACCGGCCUUGCUGGGAGGUCUAGGACAGUUAGCGCUGCUUCUCAAUGGGACUGAACAAAGGACCAAAUCCUUUCCUGUCUCACACUGAGUUGUAACAUAAUCAAGACAUCUGUGUAUGUAUGUUGAAAUAACUGCAGAUCUGAGAAUAAAUAUCACUGAAUUCUGA